GUUCUAAAAGCCAUUUUGUCAUUCAAAUUGCCACCUUCACAGAUUUUGAAACUAUUCAAACUUUUGUAGUAGAUUCUGGCAUUAAGUUGUCCUUUCGAAUUCCACCUUCAGCAGAUUUUAAAAUGAAAUGCAAAGAAAUUAGUACGCAUAGCGAAAGAAAAAAAACAACUAUUAGUAUAGCGAAAGAAGAAAGAAAGAAAAAUAAACUACAACCCUUGAGAAUACUUGGUUAUACUUUGUGA